AUGGCCCUCUCCAAGACCCCCUCGUCAGUCCUAACCCGCAAACGCGACCUGGUCUAUCUCAUCUUCUUCAUCAUCCACAUCCCAACCAUCUUCCUUGUCGACACGGUCCCCUUACUCCCCUCAUUCCUGCAAAUCGACUUCAUGCACCAAAUCCGCCAGUUCUACAUCAACUCCUACCAGGACAAGUUCUUCUCCGACCCGCCCGCCUGGUUCACCGCGUUCAUCGCCAUGGAGCUCUUCUACCAUGUCCCGCUGAGCAUCUGGGCCGUAGGCGGGCUGCUACGAGAUGAUCCACUGGUCCCCGUGCAUCUCCUCGUCUUCGGUGUCCAGGCGUUCGUCACCUCGCUGGCGUGUCUGGUUGAUGUGUGGAGCUGGGUCGACCGGUCCGUCGCCCAGAAGAAGGAUAUUACCAUGUUGUAUGGGCCCUGUGCUGAUGAGGGUGGUUGUGGUGUAGGGGCGUUCAUGGCGCUGGAUAUGGUGUUGAGAUUGCGGCGCGUGCUGCUUCGUAAGAGUAAGGAGGAGUAA